AUGGUUAGGGCUGAUGCAUCCGUCAGCAUCAAGGUGCUCCUAAAUGCCACUGCCGCACACUUUGGGUUUAGGCCAACUUACAGGAGGGUCUGGUUGGCGAAGCAGAAGGCUGUUGCCCUCAUCUAUGGUGACUGGGAUGAGUCGUACAACGAGCUCCCAAGGUGGGUGUUAGGAGUCCAGUUGACGAUGCCUGGUACUGUUGCAGUCAUAAGGACGAGCCCUAUUCGUGUCGGUGGACAGUUGGACGAGUCUCAAGCUUAUUUUCACAGACUAUUAUGGAUGUUUCCACCGUGUAUCGAGGCAUUCCAUCAUUGCAAGCCCCUAGUUAGUAUUGACGGCACCCAUCUGUAUGGCAAGUAUGGGGGAACGUUGCUUGUCGCGAUUGCACAGAACGGGAACUCCAAUAUACUCCCUGUUGCAUUCGCAUUAGUCGAGGGUGAGAAUGCUGAGUCGUGGUCCUUCUUUCUCUCCCACCUGCGUCAGCAUGUGACACCGCAGCCGGGUCUGCUGGUUAUCUCGGACAGGCAUAACGACAUCAAGGCCGCGCUUGAGGCUCCUGACGGAGGCUGGUUACCUCCGUCUGCAUACCAGGCAUUCUGCAUCCGACAUGUUGCGGCAAAUUUCGCCCUUAACUUCAAGGGCAAAGACGCAAGGAGGCUACUUGUGAAUGCGGCGUACGCUAAGACCGAGGUCGAGUUCCAUUACUGGUUUGAUAUUCUUAGGUCCGAAGACCCGGCGAUGUGUGACUGGGCGAACCGGAUUGAGUAUUCGUCAUGGACACAUCAUUGUGAUGAGGGGCGUAGAUUCGGACACAUGACGACGAAUAUAUCUGAGUGUGUGAACUCGAUACUCAAGGUGUCAGAAACCUUCCUGUCUGCUCGCUAG